UUCUUUUCUUUUUAAUGUUUAUUUAUUUAUUUUAAUUAUUUUUUUUUUACAAAACCGAAUAAAAGUCAGCAGUAAAAGAUAUUAGCUGUUAGGAACAUGACUGCUGCAAGUUGUGCUAGCAGCAGGUGAGCGCUGGUGAACCCAGGAUGCAGAGCCAUGCUCGCUGCUCCGUAGCUCAGCAGCCAGAGUGCGAGCAGAAAACAACAACAGGCUACUCUGCAAGGAAGGCAGCUGCAUGGAGAGCGACAACAACGACGAGCAGGACCUCGUGUGCGCCGUCAUAUUCACUUAAAACGAAAUGCAUUUUAUAUUCGUAAUGCAAGGAACUCGGUGUUCUCCGUGAGCUGUGCUGGUUUCGAUCCGUUACUUUGAGGGGAAAGUGUUUGUAAAGUAGCUAGCUAGCAGGCUAGCUCCCCGCGUCUUCUCUAUGGUUGAGUAUCUUCCGGCAGCAGCGGCGGUGCCAUGAACAGCGGACUUCCACCUUCCGCUGCUCCGCUCGGGGGUGCCGGGAUACCCAGUGUCAAGGUGAAGUUUUGCCGAUACUACGCAAAAGACAAAACCUGCUUUUACGGAGAUGAGUGCCAGUUCCUGCACGAGGAUCCCUCCAUGGGAAGCAUGUCGCUGCACGGAGGUGGCGGCAGCCCCGUCCCGCUGCCCAUGGCCGGAGGUGGCGGGACGCCAGCGGGGUAUUCCCUCGGUGGUACGGCGACGGUCUGCCCAGGCGGUGGAGGGACCGGAGUGUCCAAGAAAAGCGAAGCACUUGGGCCUGCAGGCACGGCUUUGGAGGGGCAGCUGCUAACCAUCCCAGGGAUGGAGGGUCCUGCCCUCAGCGACGCCAAUCUUACCAACUCUUAUUUCAGCAGCAGCUUCAUUGGUGUCAAUGGGUUUGGAAGCCCUGCAGAGUCGAAAUAUACAAUGAUGCAGCGAAUGACGACCAGCAGCAGCUCUCCCAGUCUUCUCAAUGAUGGUGCCAAGAAUUUCAGCCACAGCACUCAUGAUCCAGUAAACUCCUCGACUUCGUCACUGUUCAGUGAUUUUGGUGCUCUUAGCAUUUCCCAGAGGAGAAAGGCUCCUAACCCCGCUGCAAGUGAGUUCAUCCCUAAGGGCGCUCCGCGAAUGGCUGCCAUGACGCAGUCUGCAGUUCAGCCCUUCCCUUCUCCACUCUUUGCUCAUCCUGGUCUCGGAGGCUCCACAGCUGCUUUGGCUCCAGGUAUGUCUUUGUCUGCUGGGUCAUCUCCUCUGCACUCCCCAAAGAUCACACCUCACACCUCACCUGCCCCUCGUCGACGGAGUCACACCCCGAACCCUGCCAACUACAUGGUCCCCACCACUGCGGCCGACCAGGGCGCCCACAUCAUUCAGAAAGAGACCGUAGGGGGGACAACGUACUUCUACACAGAUAACACCCCAGUGCCAAUGGCGGGGAUGGUGUUUCCUACCUUCCAUAUCUACCCCCCUACUGCCCCUCAUGUGGCUUACAUGCAGCCGAAAGCCAAUGCCCCGUCCUUCUUCAUGGCUGAUGAGCUCCGACAGGAGCUGAUUCACAGGCACCUGAUAACCAUGGCCCAAAUCGACCACUCAGAGAACCCAGAUGUACCGUCUGAAGUGGACAGCUACCACAGCCUGUUUCCCCUCGAGCCUCUUCCCCCGCCGAAUCGCAUGCAGAAAACCAGCAACUUCAGCUACAUCACCUCCUGCUACAAGGCGGUCAACAGCAAGGAUGACCUGCCAUACUGCCUGAGGAGGAUACAGGGUUUCCGCCUUGUUAAUACAAAGUGUAUGAUGCUGGUAGACAUGUGGAAGAAGAUUCAGCACUCGAACACGGUGACACUUCGAGAGGUCUUCACCACAAAGGCCUUUGGAGACCACUCAUUGGUCUUCUCAUACGACUUCCAUGCAGGUGCAGAAACGAUGUUCAGCAGGCAUUUUAAUGACCCAGCGGCAGACUCAUACUUCACAAAGAGGAAGUGGGGGCAACACGAACCUCCGCCGCCGCGGCAGCAUGCAGGCCUUCUGCCAGAGUCGCUGAUCUGGGCCUACAUUGUCCAGUUAAGCUCGGCCUUGCGGACCAUCCACACGGCUGGUCUUGCCUGUCGGGUCAUGGACCCCAGCAAGAUACUCAUCACUGGUAAAACCAGGUUACGGGUGAACUGUGUUGGGGUGUUUGAUGUCUUAACGUUUGACAACAGUCAGACCAAUCAUCUUGCCCUGAUGCCGCAGUACCAGCAAGCAGAUCUAGUUUCUCUGGGCAAGGUGGUGCUGGCUUUGGCCUGUAAUUCGCUGGCUGGAAUCCAGAGGGAGAACCUGCAGAAGGCCAUGGAGCUGGUUUCUAUAAACUACUCUUCAGACCUCAAGAACCUUAUUCUGUACCUGCUGACUGAUCAAUCUCGGCUGCGCAGCGUCAAUGACAUCAUGCCCAUGAUUGGAGCACGAUUCUACACGCAACUCGAUGCAUCGCAGAUGAGAAAUGAUGUCAUAGAAGAGGACCUUGCAAAGGAGGUGCAAAAUGGUCGCCUUUUCCGCCUGCUUGCCAAACUGGGAACCAUCAACGAGCGGCCAGAGUUUCAGAAGGACCCGGCGUGGUCGGAGACCGGCGACCGCUACUUGCUGAAGCUUUUCCGGGAUCACCUGUUCCACCAGGUGACGGAGGCGGGAACGCCGUGGAUUGACCUCAGUCAUAUUGUCUCCUGUCUCAACAAACUGGACGCGGGUGUUCCUGAGAAGAUCAGCUUGGUGUCCCGGGAUGAGAAGAGCGUCCUGGUGGUCACCUAUUCGGACCUGAAGCGCUGCUUCGACAGCACCUUCCAGGAGCUGCAGGCUGCAGCCGCUGGCUCUCUGUAGCGCCCCCUAUCGGGCCCAGACCUGGAGCGCACCAUUGCACUACAGCGGAGGACCAGGCUCUCAGACAUCAGCACAGUGAAGGCAGCGAGGCGGGGCUUCGUGAACCUCAGUCACAUACACUGAUUCCUGUCCACCAGGAACCAUUUUUGUAAAGCAUAUAUAUAUUUUUUUUGUGGCUGAAAAUUGAAAAACACACACACAAAAAAGAGGAAAAUAAGACUAACAUGGAAGCUGUGAUGAAUGACAUUUUUUAAAAAAAAUUUGGGGAACAAAACGAGAAACAUUUUUUUCCUGCUUUUAUUGUUUAUUUCUAUGUUUUGUCUUUUUGUUUUUUUCUUCUUGUGGAGAAGGAUGCACUAAGAUUUUAAUUUUUGUUAUUUUUAUGAAAUUGUGAGUGGCCUACUGGGUGCACAGAGAGCUGAAGGUCACACACACGGACACGGAAACUUCCCUCUCUGCCGGUUGGAGACCACACCCCUUCAUUCUGACGCACUCAGAGACGGGACGCUUCACUUGAGGCUUCCGCUGCGACGGGCCAGUCCAGCUCAGCCUCGACUGCUGGUUCCCUGUUUGAAAGGACUAACCACUUGGGAAGCUGGGAAGGGUUGCGAAAUGAGGGUUGGAGGGGGGAUGGAUUUCAGAUGUUUUUCUACAGCAGAACGUGAGGCUCAUACUCGCGGGUGGGUGAGUGGGUGGGUGGGUGGGCGGACGUAGGUUGGCUCGGGACCAGGAUCUGAGGAAGAAGCGUCUUCUCCUGAGGCUCAAAUGUUACAUAUGCAGCAGCCAUUUUGUGGUUAUCGGAAUCUGCUGUGGUUGUUUCGGGUCAGCGAGCCACAGCUGCCUCUUCGUGGAAUGUCCUUAAUUUGUCCCCCUCCUUUGGUCUCCUCACCCCCCAGUGUCCCUGGUCUCUGUCUUUAUCUUCCUUAUUUUUUGUGCUAUAAUCCCAAACUUCACUCGGGUGGGGGGCGGGGUGGGGUGUCUACCUUUUGGAAGAAAAUUGAUACUUUGUGACUUUUUAACCAGCUGCUUUUCCUCUCUGCUCAGCUGUUGUGCAAGAUUGCACAGGAGGCCAAUCAGGUUUCGCCUCACUGUUGCUCUUUAAUACUCUGUGGACCAAUUCCAGCUGGGGUUUUAGGUGAAAGGAGGCGAAGGAGAACUGGGGUGUCGGGGGGGAACACCGACUUUUAGUUUUGUUUGACUUUUUUAGGAUCAUGAGAUACGAACAGGCUGGAGAUGCAGUUUUCGCACUCGGAUUUUCUCUCAGGAUGACAAGCGGCCGGAGCCCCCUCUCUCCCUCCCAGCCCCGAUGAUUGAAUGUCUUUGGCUGUCAUUGGGCGGGACGUCUUCAGAUGGAGGUUUUAGGUUGUUCAAAGUUUUGUUGAAUGUCGGGAUCAUGCUGUCAGGUGGUUCAUGUUGCCCCGAAGCGCAGGUCUGUUUUCAUUUUACUUUAAUUGGGAGGUGAAAAAACGUUGAAAGUCUCAUUUAAGACCAAUGAUUCGAUUUUUCUACACCGUUUUCUUAUUACAUGAUAGUCAACGAACAUAAAUUACGCUACCAAACUAUCUAUUGCUGUCAUUUUCUCUAAGCAUUAAGGAAAAUUUGAAAUGAUCUGUCCUUGGGGGCAACAUAUGCGCAGGGAGCUGUGUUGGAUCAUGAACUACUUCCCUCUGUUUUAGUGAAAUCAAUGAACGGAAAAGAAUAAAACAAAUUUGGUGAAUGUGGUGCUUUAGAAAUCCCUCACACAUGCUUAUCAGCCAACCUGAUGUCAGUGUUUAAUCACUGUACUCCACAUUAUACCACACUCCAUUUACCUUUAGGGUCAACCUCCCUGUUCCCCCCACAGCAACACACCUACAGUCACCAUCCUAGUAUGUUUUAUGCUCCUCUUGUGUUCCUGUCCCAAAUUUUUUGCAAUAUUUGUGUGUACAGCAGUAUUUUAAUAAAGAAUACCAAAACUGA